ACAGCACAAGGUGGCGAGCACGUGUGCCUACGUCACAGACAACACCCCCGCCUGGCCCACUGACGUAAAUGUGAGCAGCAGAGCUUCAGGUCACCCUGCCUCUCCGCUCGGCCCUAGAAACACUCAACCACCGGCAGGCAGAGAAGGAGAGAGGGAGAGACGCACUAACAGGCGGUGGUGGCACACGUAGGACCUUAGAAACUUCGCCGCACUCUCCUUCGUCUUUUCGAGAAUAUCAACUCGAUGAUGGUGGCUGUUUGAGAGAGGGAAAGAUGCCGCAGAAAGACACGCUGCUGCAUCUCUUCGCCGGGGGGUAAGUUAUACUCAUGUCAGGCUUUACAUGUAGUGAUAAUUCACAUGUUUUGGAAAUGUAAAAGAAGUACAACUUAAGGUCACAUUGUGUGUUAGAUAACUGCAAAUUUCCCUAUUGCUUAUCAUUCGAAAAACGGUUCCAAAACACUCGUAAAAUUAUGAAUAGUUCGCCUGCUCGCCAACACGCUCAGGUUAGAUUCAUGCGGCUAGUUGGUGUUAGCACAGCGUGUUCUUUAGUGUCCACCUCUGGAUGAUGAUAGACAUCAGUUUCUCUUUCACAGAGCUUCACCUGCCGCGUUACACGGUGUUCAAUGUCGAGCUGAACAUGGUAGCCAAAAUGUCUUGAACGCUGGUGUUUUGAGUUGUAUGAAAUUUUUAAUCUGAAAGCUCACAGCGCUGUGGACAAUGAAACACCCGGCGCAGCAUCUCAAAUUUCCUCUAGCCGUCAGUCAGGAAGUCUGCUAAUGUCUGUUAGCUUCCGCUAGCUAGCGAGAUAUCAACAGACACUCUUCGUCUUUGUCUCAACGCAGUGUCUAAUACUAUAAACAAUCUGAUAUCAAAUAUGAUCCGUCGUUGUGUAUUAAUAGACUCAGAUUUCGUGUUGAGUUUGACAUUAUGUCGUCUUGGUGUGUUUGACGUGGCGCAGUCACGAGAGUCGUUCGCCUAUAGCCACAAGAUGUUCCGACUGUUACAUAAUACUGACGGUAUUGACAUUAGUCUCCAUGCUGACUCCACCAGCAGCUCAAAAACCACUUGGACAGAUAUUUUAUCAGUAAACCUGGAAUAAUAAUAUUCCGUACUGUGACAGAACGAUGAGCUUGAUGAUAUUAAGGUCACAUCAAAACAGAUUAAACGCUUUGAAAUCGACGCCAUUUUACCCUUGAAGUGUUGUGAUGAACACUCUUAGGGGGCUCGUAUACCUCGAAUAUUAACGUAGAUGCCAGCAAACAUACAAGUAUACGUCUUCUAGCAAUGCGAGUUUUAUUGUUUGCUUCAAGCUGUAUCGUAGGGUGCUUUAUUAUGUGGUAUGUCAAAUACUGAGGGUGUUAUUUUCCCUCUAGACUGUAUAAUUGCUGAGCAAACUAGCUGAGCUUGUAUGACUGCACAAGGAACUACGCACUUCAUGAACAACACAGGAGCUCAUCUGGUCGUGUCAGGUUUUAUAAUAGUGUUUGUCAUUUCAGAGGGCACACACUGUUGUACCCAUUCCCCUAGAUUUCUUAUCUUCUUGGUCAGUGGUCAUGGACACUCAUUAUUUAAACAUUGUUGCGUGUGUUUGUUGGAUUGGUUGCGUAAUGUGGAUAAACUUUGCCCACAGUUUAAUUUCUUCAUGGUAAUUUAAAAUGAUAGAUGGCGUAAGGAUGGACAGUUAAAAGAGAAAUGGGUUGGGAAUGACUAUUUUUAGGCUAUUUAACUCUGCCCUUCAGAUACAUUAGAGUACCAUAACAAAAGGAUUAGUUUAAUCCGCACCACUCCUCAAAGUUUGUCACUGCUGAGCCAAAUGAGAGGAGACACAGCAGGUCGUUUAAGAUGUAUUAGUGAGAACUGUACAGUACUAAAUAGUGUAGUUCCUCACCUUUUCCAAGGGGUUUGAAAAAGUCUGAGUUGUAAAGCCCUGUGCACUAUGUGUUAAGUUCUCACAGUAUUUCCAUCACAGAGCAGGAGACCGUGUUUGACCAUAAUUGUUCAUUUCACUUGGCUGGCAGUCCCAGAGCUGUGUUGUGAUGGAAAAACACCCUUCUGCUUAUAGGUAGUCCUCUAGAUAAUAGAACUUGGUACUUAAGCUGUUGUAUAACACAUAACGCAUGAGUAAACUCAUGGGCUAUUGCACACUUGACUCCAAGACAUGAAGCUCCUCAAGGCCCAGAGUCCUAACUUGUAUGUUAUUAAUUUGCAGGUGUAGUGGUACGGUGGGAGCCAUCGUGACCUGCCCCCUGGAGGUGUUGAAGACACGGUUACAGUCGUCUGGCCUCGCCCUGCGACCCGUCUUCCAGGUCCAGUUGGGGACACUAAGCGGUACCGGGGUAAUCCGACCCGGAACUGUUACACCAGGGCUGCUGCAGGUCCUAAGGUAAGAUGUUGACAUGUUAUUGUUGUUAGACAGCAACCAGGACUUUCCUCUUGAGGCUUCCGUGUUUUCCUACCUGCAAACCCAGAACAGAAUGGUCCAUGAUUGCAGCUGGGGCUCUUCAGUGUUUGUAAAAACUACCACUUGGAGAGUGACAUAAUUAAAGGUUGUGAUUUUAAUGUCACAACCUGUUUUAGCCUGCAGAGUGCUUCGUGUUUCAACAUGUCAUAGAUGCUGAUAUAAUAAAUUGGUCAAAAUAACUGUUUUGGUGUGGUAGUUGUGUACAGUCUUGUGUAGUAAAGGGAUUCAGUCAGUGGGAACACAUUCGAGAAAUCCUGACAUUUGCUUUAUGGCUUUUGCACUCCGCGAAGAAAGGCCUUUAAUCCUAUCCCAUGAAAAGUGAGGAUUAAGCACACAGUAUCCUGUUUGUGUUUUGACUUAAAUGAGCUGUUUGGCACAAAACCCGCUGUUGAGGCCUUGUGAUGUAAUUGUACUUUUUUCACAUUUAAUUUUAUUUAAUUUUCUAAUUAUAUAUAGCCUUUUGGGAACUCAGCUUGGAUCGAAACUUGCUCAGAGCAACGUCAUGGGGCCAAGAGGAAGGAAAGAGCAUUUUAACAAGGGUGCUGUACCAGUGUUAUAUUACAUUCGCAAGACUGAGCUGGUUUGAAUGAGUGUCUGCUGUCUCUGCAGACUGUUCAAGUCAAGAAGUCUGAAGACAUUUUCUUUAACAAACAUAUUCCUAUGCUAGCUGUGGUCCCAUACUAACCUAAACCUUAAUUAGCUGAGACAAAUACUUUUUUUUCUUGCACAUAUAGGAUGAUAUGAUAUCUAAUAUGAAAAAAAUAUAUAACAUGAACUCGAACACCUUCUCUUCAAGUAUUUAAACUCAAGCUCAGACUCUAUUCAACCUGUGAAUAAGUCAUCAUUGUGGUUUGAACAAAUCUUUGAUUAAGAAUUGAUGUAUGUAAGAUAUCUGUGAGAGAGAACGGACUGCGUGACAAGGUGUGCAUUACAGAAACCAGCACCAAUUGCUGCUGUGUCCUCCCCCUUUGCCUGGCCCCCAGGCCCCCAGGCCCCCAGACCAGACUGUCAUCUGGAGAAUAAAGGUCACUGCCUUCAAAAACGCUUUGGGGGUGUGGCUGAGUGACAGGCUAGGCACUGCAGGAGAGACAGGGUGACAUGCAAAAUCUUAUGUAAAGCUCGCUCAAGUGACCAGGACUGGCACUUGACACUAUCUUACUCACUCCCAUUAUAGACAUGGGGAUGCUCCACCAUAGGCAUCCGUUGUUUAAAUUUAGACCUGGUUAAAUGUAUAUGUAUGUGGAUAAAAAUAGUUGAAUACAUGUUGUUGUUUUGAUAAUUACUGUGUGUUUUUAUCUGUUGCAGAUCAAUCCUAGAAAAAGAGGGACCAAGAUCACUUUUCCGUGGCCUGGGGCCAAACCUUGUUGGUGUUGCCCCUUCAAGGUACAUUAAAAUCUGUGUUAAUACUUAAGGUGUUUUUCCCUUACGUCUCUUUCAUUUGGCAAAGCUGAGUGAAAAAGACCCAGAACUAUCUGGUGAUAUACAUUUAGAUUAUAUGAACUAUAGAAUUUAUUUAAUAAUUGGCUUCUUUGCUUUUUUCUCUCAAAAACACACGGUUAUGUCACAGUACAGUUUAGUUUCAUGUACAGAGCACUUUAUUCUUAUCAACAGGGACAAAAAUAGAAAGGCCUCCAGAGCUCCAUUGUGAUAUCCAGAGUUUUCCUUUUAUGUCUCUAUCUCUCUGCCCUGGCACAGCUGAAGUAAAAAAGACAAAACAAAACUCAAACUGGGAAGUGAACUCAAAUACCAGUGUACCGCACUACCUGCCACAGCAAACCAGAAAGAGGCAGACGAUUUCUGUGUGUUUACUUCACAUGGCGGCUGGCAGCCUUACAAAUGGCUUUGUAAACAGGAAGCUUUUGUCAUGGCAACAACUUCUGAGUCCCUGUCUGACUGUGCAGGGUUCAGCUUCAGGGAGUGACUACAGUUUCUGUCAGUGUUAGCAGAACUGUGAGUGCAUUUCCUGAACUUGAGAUAAAUAAGAGUCAGGCACAUAAAGAAGGAAGUUUGUUUGAGUCAUGAGGUUCACGAGUUUAGCAAAUGCGGUAAUGACAAUGGCUGGAUAAUUACUGAACCGGUUUGAACUUGUGUGUGACACCAAGUCAUAAUAAAAGUCACCAGUGUUUUGUUUUUAUUGUCCACAAAUGGUGUCAACCUGGCACAGUUUCUUUCUGGAUGACAAUCUCGGAGGAUAAUUUGCCUAUAUGAUCGGACUACCCUCAUAAACUGCUGAUAAGACUUUGAAGCGGGUAAACUUAAAUAAAAAAAAAAAGGUCAUGGGUUACAUUGACUUUGCCAGUGGUUAAUGAGUAGCUGCAACAUUAUCUUUUUCCUUGAAUCCAACUUGGAUGGGCUCUCUUCACAGCAGCUCAGUGGGCUUCUGUGGUCAACGUUGCUUAUUCAGCCCAUUCUGGUGCAGUGACAGUUUGUUCCAGAAGUCAAGCAGGGAGACAGAGACAGAGAGAGAGAGAGAAAGAGGGGGAGGGAAUUUAGAGGGAGAGAGAGGGAGAGAGAGAGAGCAGGCGCCGGGGAACAGACUGCUCUGGAUGCACUCUGUCAAAGGCUUAGGUUACAUAAUAUCCCAGCUGUUUAUAAAACAGCAUGCAAAUAUUAAAAAUGCAUUCAAACCGUGUGUAAAUCCCCACUGCUCUAACCAGUUUUUUCCUCUGUGUUUCAGGGCCAUUUAUUUUGCUGCUUACUCAAAAUCUAAAGAGACGUUCAAUGGGCUGUUCGUGCCCAACAGUGGAGUGGUGCACAUGUCCUCUGCUGGUGUUGCAGGUGAGCAGUCAGCAUGUUAACCUGUGACGUAUAACAUAUAAUGGACAACACAGCUGUAAAACACAGUAGGGCUGUACGCUACAAAUAAUGUCUAUGGCAUAUGUUUUUUUGCUACCAUGUAGAAAAGUGAAACAAACACACUUUAUUGGUUUCAGUCAAAUAAUCCUGUUGAAAAAUAGGAAAAAAGACAAAACAAAGUUCAAACUGUUGAGUGAAUUCAUACCAGUGCACUGCAAAAGAACAUUUCCUUGUGAAAUUGAAUCAGGGGAAAAAAAACUUCCUGUCAGAUUUGAUUGUGAAACCAUGUGCUUCUUUUGCCCUUGUGAUCUUCAGCUUUCGUUACUAACUCUCUGAUGAACCCCAUCUGGAUGGUCAAGACCAGGAUGCAGCUUGAAAAAAAGUGUGUACCCUCUUGACUUCACCUUUUUUAGUAUUCUGCUCUGAAUCUGUGUAAAACAAUCUGAGUUAUUUUAGGGACGAUGUGGUUGGAAAGGUUCUCCUUAUAAUGUGCCCUUUAUCAGAGGCCUCCCUCACAGCACUGUCCUUGAGUUAUGCAGCCUGAGCGUGUGAUCUGGAUCCAUAAAUACACAGAGCUGACGCACUGUCCUGCUUGUAGAAGAGUCUAUAUUUACAGAGUGCAGGGUAGUAGUGCCAUGAGAGGUCAAAGAAACGUGUUUACUGUGACUUUACUGAAACACCAGUUCCACUAAACCAAAUGGCCUCUCUCUAAAUGAUGAUGAAAACCCAUAAGUCAAGGUUAUGAUAGUUACUUAUUCAACCCGAUGAGGAAAUGUUGAUUCAGGCUUGUUUACAGGGUUGAAAGCUUACCAAACACUGAAAUAAUAAAAAAGGAAAUAGACGGGUCCUGGACCUACUCUCCAUAAAAGUUAAUAUUAAAACAUGAAAAGUUUGUCAAACUGUUCUGGCUCGAGUAACUCAUGACAGACCUUUCCAAUAUUUUACAGGCCACAUGUUUACUUGAAAAGUCUAAAAGGAAGGAGCUUCAUUAUCAUUAUUACAUUUUAAAAAGUUGUUUGUUUUGACCAAUAUUUGUGUACUUUCAUGUGAACUAAAGGACUUUGUUUUGACCUUGCAGAGCCCGGGGAGAGAAGAAGAUGAACGCACUGCAGUGCGCACGCUAUGUUUACAGCACUGAAGGAAUUCGGGGCUUCUACAGGGGCCUGACUGCAUCGUAUGCUGGCAUCUCGGAGACCAUGAUCUGCUUCCUUAUCUACGAGACACUGAAGAAACAGUUGGCCAAGAGCCAGCUCAGCUCCCGUAAUAGUGAAAAUGAGAAAGGAGCUUCAGACUUUCUGAGUCUGAUGUUGGCAGCUGCUUUUUCAAAGGGUUGUGCGUCCUGCAUAGCCUACCCACAUGGUAAGGACUCGCAUUAAUCCACAUUGAUAUUUUAUCAUAUGGAAGUAUAUUUUUUCAGAAUGACUGAUCCCGUUUUUGUCUCCUCAGAGGUCAUUCGGACACGGCUGCGUGAAGAAGGAAGCAAGUACAAGUAUUUCUUCCAAACGGGAAGGUUAAUAAUGGUGGAGGAAGGCUAUGCAGCUUUUUAUAGAGGACUCAUUCCACAGCUCAUUAGACAAAUCCCCAACACGGCCAUCGUCCUCUCCUCAUAUGAACUCAUUGUCCAUCUGCUCGGGGACUCCAAGUGAAGAAAUGUGUGAAGGUUUAUUUUUCAGACAAUGGACACCUCACAAAACCUGACACAAUCUGGGCGAGAGAGAGAAAAAGGAAGCACAUACAUUAUUUUAUGUGGUGCCACAAAGACUUUAAUGGUGGAAGUGAAGCUGGUUGUGCUGUCAUCCAAAGAGCUAAAGGCAUAAUUUCAUUCAAAGCUUAUCAUUAGGAGUUGAGAAUAUUCAAGACUCAUGGUACUUUAGUCAAACUCUAAACCUGUAUAAAAGGUCAUCUUCUUGGAGGAUUUGUGUUAAGUUAACUAAAUUAUUUGAUGUUUUGUUGUUUUAUGACUGUUUGUUUCCUUUUAUCAGUGGUUAAUGUACAAACUCACAUGACCAUGCAGUUUGACUCAUUUGCUUUAUGAUAGGAGGUUAUUCAGGGGAAAUGCUAGAUAGAGUUCUGUUCCGUGCAUUUUUAUGACUGCACCUAUCAUUUGAGCUUUCUGAUUCACAAAUACAAUGCUCUGGAUUUUAAGUUUGAAUUACAGAGAGAUGAUAUUUUUCAUUAAUAUAUACAUAAAUGUAUUCUGUAUAUAUAAAUACAGGCUUAUCUGUAUGUUUUCUUUGUGAAGAAGAUAGUUAACUUUUACAAGAUAAUGAGAGGUGUGAUGCUUAUUUGACCAAUGGCUCAAUAAAAUGCAUCGAGAAAACGACUGCUUAUGACUCUCAGGUCAGAUCACUUGAAACUUUGUACAUAGUUCCUCAAUGUUUCUGUUUUCAUACGUGUCCAUAAAAGUAGUAUUUUCAGAGA